GCGCUCCCUGCUCAACUCAGCGUCUCUACCCACAAUGGCUCCCACCAAGCAGAAGCUCCCCCCCUGCUCAAAGAUCCUUUCCACUUCGCGCGCCGAGGACUCCGAAGGCGCCAAACCCUCCCGCAUCACCGAUCGACUCACUACUGCGACCCUGCUUCGAUUGUGGGAGCUAGCCCCACCAAAAAUCGACCUCCACAACGUCAAGCUCGGGUUCCGCCGCGCCGACGACGUUUCGUAUUCAGAUCUGGACGACUGCCGCAGUAUCGUCAAGCACACUUCUUAUGACGAUUACAAGAAUUCGAGCCAUGGUUGGAACGAGAAGCACAAGAUGAGGGAGAUGGAAGACCCAAACAUGCUCUACAUUCUCGUCCGAUCCGCUGACGGUUCCGAUGCGACUUUCGCGCCGUCCCUUCCCACGAACAUACUCGGCUUCAUUUCCUUCAUGGUCGCGAAAGAUGACCCACCCUACGAAGACGUCGACGUGGUCUAUAUCUACGAGGUCCACGUUGGAGACCAGAUGCGCGGCAAAGGCCUCGGAUCAUGGCUUGUUCACGUGGCAGAACACGCCGCAGAAAUGGCGGGCAUCCCGAAGACGAUGCUCACUGUCUUCACGAGCAAUGAGGCGGCAAUGGGCCUGUAUCGUCAUCUCGGGUACCGCAAGGAUGACGCCUCUCCGGAGGGUCGGCGAGUGCGUGGCAGGGUCAUCCAGCCUGACUACCUCAUCCUGAGCAAGCUUGGCGGGGGGAAUGGAGGGGCAUUCAGUGGUCGUCUCGAUUACGCGUGAGCAAUGGCUUCUGGGGGUGUUAUGGGUGGCCGUUCUGCGUCUUCCAGCGUUUCUCGCACAAGAUACCCAGGGAUUUUCAUGACUGAAUGCAUGCAUGCGAGCUGGUUGUCUCCAGCCGUCUCUUACCGUCACU